UUUUUUAUUAAAUUAAAAAUUGGAAAGCAACCUCUCGAAAUUUUCAGAUAGUAUGUGACUUUAGGGUUUCAAGCCGACCCGCCAAUUCCUCCUCCUCGUACUUUUAUUCAACCGUAAUUUUUAUCUUUGCUUUGCUUUGCAUUGCAUUGCUUCUGCAUGAAUCGGAUCCUGAUCCGGGUCCCCAUUGUCGAUUCGGGUUCCAACCUGCCUCGUCUCCUACAAUGGCGUCGAAGGCUUCGCCGUCUGCUUCCGCUAGCAGAUCGGAGCCUCCUAAGAACUCUCCGAUGACAAAACCACAAGAAACAUCUCCAACAAUAAAAGAGAUUUUAUCAGUUAUUGACUCUUUAAAGAAGCAACUUGCAGUUAACCGGUGUGUUUCAAUAAAGAAACGAAUGGAAGAUAAUGAGCAAAAGUUGCUCGGCGUCACAAACCAUCUUUAUACAUUGUCAAAUGAAAGAAGAAAUAACUGGAUUAACAUAACAGAUGGUAGUAUAGAUUUACUAACAAAGAGGCAAAAAGAUGCACUUGGUAUGCACAGUGGUAUUGACAUGAGUAAUGGAGAUAAGGACACUUCUCAAGAAGAUGGUCAUGCUUCUACAGCAGUCCUUCUGGGAUCCAGUAUUCCAGUCAAGAGUGCUGUUCGCCCUAUUAAGCUCCCAGAAGUGAAGAGACUACCCCCUUACACUACAUGGAUUUUUUUGGACAGAAAUCAAAGAAUGACAGAAGAUCAAUCAGUGGUUGGUCGAAGGAGAAUAUAUUAUGAUCAAAAUGGUGGUGAAGCACUUAUUUGCAGUGAUAGUGAGGAGGAAAUAAUUGACGAUGAGGAGGAAAAGAGAGAUUUUGUAGAUUCUGAAGAUUAUAUUCUUCGAAAUACUGUCAAAGAAGUUGGUUCAUCUGAUUCAGUGAUGGAAUCACUGGCACAAUGUUUUUCUAGAAGCCCUUCUGAAGUUGAGGCAAGAUAUGAAGUUCUUACAAAAGCAGAGACGGCUGUGGAGGAUCCAAAAAAUGGAGAAACUGAUGCACAAACGGUGAAUUCUUUUCUUGACAAGGAUCUUGAAGCUGCUUUGGAUUCUUUUGACAACCUAUUUUGCCGUCGAUGUCUUGUCUUUGAUUGCAGAUUGCAUGGAUGCUCACAGGAUCUUGUCUUUCCUGCUGAGAAACAACAUCCAUGGAACCAUCUAGAUGAGGAAAAUGUACCAUGUGGUCCACACUGUUAUAAAUCGGUUUUGAAGUCAGAAAGAGUGGGUAUUGCAAAUUCUUCUGAGUAUGGUGACAUUGGAGAGAAUUCUGUCCGUCCAACUGAUGGGAUUGUGGCACACGUUACUUCAAGGAAGAAGUCUUCUGCUCAAUCUGCCAGAAGGAAAGUAAAGUCCAGCCAAAGUGAAAGUGCUUCGUCAAAUGCAAAAAAUGUUUCAGAGAGCAGUGAUUCAGAGAUUGGACCUCAGCAGGAUGCCAUUUCACCCUCCAAGACUAAGCUUGGUGGAAAAUAUGGGGUUUGUCAGAGGAACAGCAAACGAGUGGCUGAACGUGUUCUGAGUUGCAUGCGGAAAAGGCAGAAGAAAACAGUAGCCUCUGAUACUGACUCUGUUGCUAGUGGAAGCCUUUUGCCUGCUGAUAUGAAGCUUCGGUCUACUUCGCGUAAAGAAAAUGAAGAUGCUAGUUCUUCUUCCUGUAAGAAUGUUAAAUCUGUGACAACUGGAAGGUCUAGGAGGAAGGAGACAACUCAGGAUAGUAACAACUUGGUUCAAGGUGAAGUUCAUGAUGAUCCUCCAAGUGAGAUGAUUACUGAUCCACCUGCAACUAGUAGUGAUGACACUUUGAGGAAAGAAGAGUUCAUAGAUGAAAAUGUAUGUAAAAGAGAGCUGGGUGAUAGCAAAUCUUGGAAAGCUUUUGAAAAAAGCCUAUUUGAGAAAGGUAUAGAGAUUUUCGGACGGAACAGUUGUUUAGUUGCGAGGAACCUUUUAAAUGGUUUAAAGACUUGUUGGGAGGUCUUCCAAUAUAUGAAUUACUCUGACAAUCGGCUGGCCUGCCAAGCAGGUGAUGCUGCAAAUUCUCUUGGUGAAGGAUAUUCCAAGUUUGACUUCAAUGGAUCAAUGAGUAACAAUGAAGUAAGAAGAAGAUCAAGAUUUUUACGCAGAAGAGGAAGAGUUCGCCGCUUGAAGUAUUCUUGGAAAUCUACUGCUUAUCAUUCUAUUAGGAAGCGAAUUACUGAAAGAAAAGAUCAGCCAUGCCGCCAAUAUAACCCAUGUGGUUGCAGAACAGCUUGUGGAAAGCAGUGUUCCUGUCUGUUGAAUGGCACAUGCUGUGAGAAGUACUGUGGAUGUCCAAAGAGUUGCAAGAACCGAUUUAGGGGCUGUCAUUGUGCUAAAAGUCAAUGUCGAAGUCGUCAAUGUCCAUGCUUUGCUGCAGACAGAGAAUGUGAUCCAGAUGUUUGUCGGAAUUGUUGGGUCAGUUGCGGUGAUGGUACUCUUGGGGUUCCUAACCAAAGAGGUGACAAUUAUGAAUGUAGGAAUAUGAAGCUUCUUCUCAAACAACAGCAAAGGGUUUUACUUGGAAGAUCCGAUGUGUCUGGUUGGGGAGCUUUCUUGAAGAAUAGUGUUGGUAAGCAUGAAUAUCUAGGUGAAUACACUGGAGAGCUGAUUUCACACAGGGAAGCAGAUAAGCGUGGGAAGAUAUAUGACCGUGAAAAUUCAUCUUUUCUCUUCAAUCUGAAUGAUCAGUUUGUCCUUGAUGCUUACCGAAAAGGUGACAAAUUGAAGUUUGCCAACCACUCACCAGAUCCAAAUUGCUAUGCAAAGGUCAUAAUGGUUGCAGGGGAUCAUCGGGUGGGCAUAUUUGCCAAAGAACGGAUUAGUGCGGGAGAAGAACUUUUCUAUGAUUAUCGUUAUGAACCAGACAGGGCGCCUGCUUGGGCUAGGAAGCCUGAAGCAAGCGGAUCGAAAAAGGAAGAUGGGGCUCAUACAAGUGGCCGUGCUAAAAAGGUUGCUUAGUUUGAGCAUUUAUUAACAUCCUCAAUUCAAAAUUUUUGUAAUUCUUUAACACGGAGAAGCAGCAUCAUUCUCAUUGACCUGAAGAGGAUAGAUGCAAGCUCAUUCAUUUUCUUAUUGAGAGGCUAUUGCCAUCUCCACAUUUAACUUAUUUGAUUUAGCACUCCAUCAUAUGUUUAUUCUUCAUCAAAUUGUAUUCACUAAAGCGGGAAAAGAAAACUACAAAUUCAGCUAAUCAAAUACCAUCUAACAUUGAACCAUCCAUGUAAAGGACAAAUGUUUUGUAAUCUCAUCAAAUCCCUUCAACAA